AGGUCCAUGGAAAACAGGUCUAAGAGACCGGCCUUGCAGGGUGGGGACCGGGACUGACUUGGGAUGUGGGUGCCAGUAAGUUUGCACGACCUGCAGGAGUUGUGUAACAUCCUAUUUGGGGUAAACACACACGUGUCCCGACGUUUUGGAAGCUGCAACGCCCAAAGCCCACUUCAGUGGUGAUCUAUUCUUGAGUUGCUCCAUACUAGCUAGUUCAACCAAAAAUGCUGGCUUUUUUGUUUAGUUUUUGGGUUCAUUUUUUAGAGCAACUUGAGUACUGUGCCCAUGAAGAGGGUCACCACCUUUCCAUUCAGGAGGGCUGAGCUGCCUGACCUCCCCAGAGCCAUCCAGCCCUCCCUGCCCCAACCUGCCCAUUUUCCCUCUUCCCCUCCCCCUUCUCAGGCCCCUUCUAGCAAGACCCCUGCUCGUGCCAGGCACCCCUGUCCCCAGGUGUACUUUGACCUGCGCGUGGGCGAUGAAGACAUUGGCCUGGUGGCCAUCGGUCUCUUCGGGAAGACUGUGCCCAAGACAGUGGAUAAUGUCGGGGCUUUAGCCACAGAAGAGAAAGGAUUUGGCUACAAAAACAGCAAGUUCCACCAUGUGAUCAAGGGCUUCAGGAUCCAGGGUGGAGACUUCACCCGGGGCGACGGCACUGGAGGUAAGAGCAUCUAUGGCGAACGCUCCCCUGAUGAGAACUUCAAGCUGAAGCACUGAGGGCCGGGCUGGGUGAGCAUGGCCCACGCGGGCACAGACACCAACGGCUCCCAGUUCUUCAUCACAACGGUCAAGACCGCCUGGCUCGAUGGCAAGCACGUGGUGUUCGGGAAGGUUAUCGAGGGCAUGGAGGUCGUGUGCAAGGUGGAGAGCACCAAGACAGACGGGCGGGACCGGCCCCUGAAGGAUGUGACCAUCGCUAACUGUGGCAAGAUCGAGGUGGAGAAGCCAUUUGCCAUCGCCAAGGAAUAGAGGUGCAGGGAGCACUU